GUACCCUUAUGUCUACAGACUAUGCCACCAUCGCAGCCUCGGCCCGUCAGAUAGCGUAUUGCUCAAUUGCAGUGACAUGUGCUGUGUUUUACGACUAUGGCCACACUUUCCCUCGGGAAGUCGAUUUCGUCUGGACAAAACCUUGGACGCUCGCUUCCAUACUGUACCUUGGGGUAUGUUGACUCAUGGAGAAGACUGUUACAUGGUUUGAUGCACACUUCAUACAGGCAAGAUACGUCGGGAAUCUACUUCUGUUGUAAGCAUGGGUUCUUCAGCGUCAUGUUCAAAACACCGAAUCUUUGAACGAAAUCUCUUAGAUGCUACACACUUAGUAAGUUCAUUGGCAACUCCUACUUGUUGUAGCAAUCGUCUGAGGUAUCUGAGUCGUGAUGGAUACGAGAAUGGAACUGCAAGGGUAUGAUGGAAUGGAUCAUCUUUUAACUGUCAAGUACCCUUCAACUUACCCCCUUCCCACCGGCGUAAACCGUUGUACAGUUCCUUAGGUCUAGGUACUUUUGUCUCUUGGGGCACCCUUGUAUACUAUGGGACUUUACAAGGUGAGGGCCUGUAGGACUUUGCUGUCUUUCAUGCUUAGCCUAUCACGGUCCUACUGUAGCAAUCAUGCAGAUGAGGAUAUACGCCAUGUAUCAACGAUCUAAAGUUAUAUUGGGGUGUCUCGCUG